GAUUCACCACGCUCAGCUGAUACAAAGUUGCGCUCUCCUUCAGUCCCUGGGUAUGAGAGACAAUUUCAUCAGAUGGAAACAGGGGAUUUUACCGCUCCUAACACGGAGACGCCUGUUAAGGUUGAGGUAGCCCAAGAUAACCAUGUCAGUGGCAGGAGCACGCCGGAAUCUGUCAGCGACAGCGACUCGUCAGAAAGCGUCAGCGAAACCUACAGUAUUUUGAUGGACGAACUACACAAAGAGAUAGAUGAAUGUGGUGUUUUGCACAAAGAGGAGCUCAAGGACUUUCUGUGUUUUAAACUAAAGCCUCUGUUAGACAAAUUUGUCAGUGGAAUGUCCAGGGUUCAGCGCUUGUCUGAGCAGCUUCAGCAAGCUCUGGCGCUCACAGGGACACCCUCCCCAGAGGAGAAAGACAUUUUGGACAGGCAGGCACAACUCUGUGUGCCGUCACUCAAGGAUAUGCUCUCCCAGAUUGGACUGGAAAACAGCACGGAUAACCUGCAGAACUACCUGAUCUCAUCUGACCGUGCGUGCCUACUCUCAGACCUGGAGGCCCUGCGGAUGGAACUGAGAGACUGCCAACAGCGCCACCAGGUCACCACCCUGAGCUUGCAGCAGUCGCUGCGCGCCACCGAAGAGCACUACCAGGCCCUGGUGGGCCGUCUGCAGGAGGGGCUCCACUCCACUGAGAGCCAGGUGCAGUGUCUGCAACAGCUCCUCCAGGCAUCUGAGGAGAACACCGAGGCGCUCCGCCGCAUGCUGCACGCCGCCCAGGAGGAGAGCCUGGGGCUGCAGCGGGACCUGGGCCUCUCCGAGGACAGCCUGACCGCGCUGAGGCAAGAGCUGGGCGGCUACGAGGGCCGCGUGCAGGCCCUGAGCCUGGAGCUCCAGGCCUCCGAGGAGAACGCGCAGCUGCUGCUGAUGAACCUGCGUGCCUCCGAGGAGCUGUGCCAGGCGCUGCAGCAGCAGCUGCUGGUGUCCGAGCAGAAGGCCCAGGCGCUGCAGGAGGCGGCCGCGCUCUGGGAGAGCCGGGCCCACGGCGCCGAGGCCCAGGGGCAGCUGCGCGAGGAAGAGCUGCGGGCUGGGCACAAGCAGGAAGUGAGGGAGCUCACACGCGCCCUGGGCAGCAGCAGGGAGAGGCUGCAAAACCAGCAGCAGGAGGCCCAGAGGAGUCUGGAGGAGGCGACGCAGAGGGAGAGGACCCUGCAGGAGGCACUGACCACAGAACAGACACAGCACCAGAGGGAGGUGGAGAAGCUCCAGCAAGACGCAGACAGGGCUAAGGAGGAGAAGGUGGUGGUGGAGCAGACGCUACGUGGACAGAUAAUUGGUCUGAAAAAUCAACUACUGGAGGAACUCUGCAGGGCAAACAAAAAAUUGGAGGGACUAGCGAAUUCCGAGAGGGAACACCAAGACACUAUUAAGAAUCUAAGAACAGCCCUGAGACAGCAGAAGAAGGGCCGUGAUCUAGCCCUGGACUGCCUGAGGAGGAGGCGUCAUGACGUGGCUACAAUCCAGCACCUCCUGGAGGCCAACAUCCGGUACUGCAGCCUGGCCCCAGUGUGUCCAGAGGCAUGGGCCUCACACGAGGCUCCUCUGAGGGCCCAGAGUGCUCUGCUCCAGCCCCAGGACAUGCGACAGGAACUGCAGGAGGUGAAGACUCAUCUGCAGUCGGCCAUGGAGAAGGAGGAGGCGGAGCAGCGUGAGGCUGGGCAGGGGAAAGAGGAGUGGCAGGACGUGCUGAGACGGGCGGAGGAGUGGCAGAGAGAGGCCGAGAGGCUGGUGAACAGCCUUGAGUAUGUGACGGUGGACACCACACUGAAAGGAAAGCAGAGAGAGGCUCAUGGAGGAGCAUGCGCUCAGCCCACUGUGAGCCCUUUGCCUCGGCCACACUCUGCAGGCGUGGUCUCACACAGACCGGCUGCCGUGGAAGGUUGCAGCCCUGCUGAGGAAAAUUGUGAGUCUCUAGCAGCUGUCCAGAGGAGGCUUAGGAACUUGCAGUCAGUUCAUUUUCAGAAGAGUCUACAGGAGUUUCUUCGAAUGUCAUAGUCUACACAUUAUGGGAUACAAUGCUGUCUAUUAAGUUUAUAAACUCAUAAUUAAAAAUUCAUUACAUUUUUUG